AUGCUCUCUCGAGUGGCAGAUUGCCAGCAAGGGAUUCUGCUAACUAACCCAGAUGCAGGUAAAAUUGCUAAAGUCCAGGUGGCAGAAGGAACAUUGUAUCUGUAUGUUUCAGAAACAGAUGGAAAAACAGAACUAACAGGAAGCCAGAGGAGGCGACCACGACCAGGACACCGACCCGGACGACUCCCCUUACCCUACAACGACGCUCCCGUCUGUGCUGCUACCCCGCAAGGCCACUGCCCAACGUCAACGCUCCCAGCCGUGAUGCUCCCUGGCAAGGCCGCUCCACAUUUUAACAUAGCAGACAAUGCUACACAUCACUACAUCUCAUCUUUUUUCCUGGUUGGUAUUCCUGGUUUGCAAGCUUUUCAUCGCUGGAUUGGCAUCCCUGUCUUCCUCCUGUUUGCCCUGGCCCUGCUGGGGAACAGCGUAAUCAUCAUCACCAUCAAACUAGAACCAAGCCUCCACCAGCCUAUGUAUUUCUUCCUUUGCAUGCUGGCAGUGAAUGACAUGGCUCUUGCCUCUUCCACAACCCCCAAGAUGCUUGGUAUCUUCUGGUUGGAUGCUCACAGGUUUGAUUUUAGUAUCUGCCUAGCACAAAUGUAUUUUAUCCACACAUUCUGCAUAAUGGAGUCAGCCCUCUUGGUUGCCAUGGCGAUUGACCGCUAUGUAGCUAUUUGUAUCCCACUGCGUUAUACAACCAUCCUGACACCACCAAUGGUCAUUAAAAUGGGUCUUGCUGGUAUGACCCGAGCUGCCUUUAUGGUUUUGCCCUGUCCUCUUCUUAUUAAAAGGCCAUAUUACACUAAAUAUGUCAUUAACCAUGCCUACUGUGAGCACAUGGCUGUGGUGAAGUUGGCCAGUGCCAACACCCUCAUUAACAGAGCAUAUGGAAUCUCUGUGGCCCUUUCAGUGAUGGUGUUGGACCUAGGGCUCAUAGCCACAUCCUAUAUCAAAAUCCUCCAGACAGUCUUCCGGCUGUCUUCCCAGAAUGCCCGCUCGAAGGCACUGGGCACCUGUGCUGCACAUGUCUGCACUAUACUUGUGUCCUACACACCUGUGCUGUUUAGUUUCCUAACUCACUGCAUUGGCAAGAAGGUACCUCCAAGCAUUCAUAUAAUUUUUGCAAGUUUGUAUCUUUUGGUGCCUCCCACAGUCAAUCCUCUGGUGUAUGGUGUCAAGACCAAGCAAAUUCGUGACCGAGUAGUUAAUCUCUUCUUCCAAACAAGAAGAUUUCUGAAAACUAAAAUACGUAAAUUUCAGCCCAAAUUAGUAAAACAUGAUUAUUGA